CAAUGUCUGUCAUUCUCUCCUCAACAAAAUCCACCAAAGGAGUGAGUGAAGGAAGACUCAGAUCUUAAGGGGCAGAAGGGUGGGUGUUGAUAAAGGGGGCUAAAAAUGGCUUUGAAGCCACUGGAAUGGUAUUGUCAGCCAGUGAAGAAUGGGGUAUGGUCAAAGGCUGUGGAGAAUGCUUUCGGAGCUUAUACCCCGUGUGCGACGGACUCUUUAGUGAUAUCUGUUUCUCAUCUUGUGAUUUUGGUACUAUGCCUGUACCGGAUAUGGAGGACAACAAAGGAUUUCACAGUCCAGAGAUUUUGUCUCAAGUCUAAAUACUAUAACUAUGUGUUGGGUUUGCUGGCGGCUUAUUGCACGUGCGAGCCCUUAUAUAGAUUGAUCAUGGGAAUCUCAAUAUUGAAUGUCGAUGGAGAGCAUGGUAUUGCUCCGUACGAGAUGACUUCCUUAAUCGUUGAAGCUCUUGCAUGGUUCUCAAUGGUGGUGAUGAUUGGCCUAGAAACAAAAAUCUACAUCCGAGAGCUUAGGUGGUCUGUUAGGUUUGGAGUAAUUUAUGCUUUAGUAGGGGAUGCUGUGAUGUACAACCUCAUAAUUUCUGUUGAGGAAUUUUACCAGAGGUCUGUACUGUAUUUGUAUGCUAGUGAGAUUGCUGUCCAGGCAUUGUUUGGAGUGCUCUUGCUCUUUUAUGCCCCUGAUUUGGAUCCUUAUCCGGGUUACUCUCCAUUGCAAACGGAAUCUAUUGAUAACACUGCAUAUGAAGAACUUCCUGAAGCAGAGCAGAUUUGUCCUGAGAGGCACUCCAACAUAUUGUCCAAAAUAACUUUUGCAUGGAUGAACCCUCUUAUGCAACUGGGUUAUAAGCGACCACUGACAGAAAGGGAUGUCUGGAAACUAGAUACAUGGGACAGGACAGAAACACUUUACGAUCAGUUUCAAAAAUGUUGGGCUGAAGAAUUUCGAAAGCCUCAACCAUGGCUUUUGAGAGCAUUAAACCGUAGCCUUGGGGGGAGGUUUUGGUGGGGAGGGUUCUGGAAGGUUUUCAAUGAUCUCUCCCAGUUUGUUGGGCCACUUGUUCUGAACCAACUUUUACAGUCAAUGCAACGAGGAGAUCCAGCAUGGAUAGGCUACAUCUAUGCAGUCGCAAUUUUCCUUGGAGUGGUAAUUGGUGUGCUGUGUGAAGCUCAAUAUUUUCAGAAUGUCAUGCGUGUUGGUUAUCGUCUGCGUUCAACUCUGGUUGCUGCAGUUUUUCGUAAGUCCCUGAGGCUAACCCAUGAGAGUCGAAAAAAGUUUGCAACUGGAAAGAUAACCAACUUAAUGACAACUGAUGCUGAAUCUCUUCAGCAAGUAUGCCAAUCUCUCCACACUUUAUGGUCAGCUCCUUUUCGGAUAGUUACUUCCUUGGUGCUUCUAUAUGCAGAGUUGGGGGUCGCUUCCCUGCUUGGAGCUCUUAUGCUUGCUCUCAUGUUCCCCAUUCAGACUUUGGUCAUAAGUAAGAUGCAGAGAAUGACUCAAGAAGGACUACAACGGACAGAUAAGAGAAUUGGGCUCAUGAAUGAAAUACUUGCUGCAAUGGAUACAGUCAAAUGCUAUGCAUGGGAGGAUAGUUUCCGAUCGAAGGUUCAGGGAGUUCGGAAUGAGGAACUGCAUUGGUUUCGUCAGGCACAGAUGCUAGGAGCAUUGAACAUGUUCACUUUAAACAGUAUUCCAGUUCUUGUGAUCGUGUUAUCAUUCGGGAUGUUUACUUUACUUGGAGGGGAUCUAACACCGGCAAGGGCAUUUACAUCUCUCUCCUUGUUUGCAGUGCUGCGAUUUCCGUUGUUCAUGCUGCCUAAUGUUAUAACCCAGGUGGUUAAUGCAAAUGUAUCCUUGAAACGUUUGGAGGAGCUUCUCCUGGCUGAAGAUAGAGUUUUGCUCCCCAACCCACCUAUUGAGCCUGGACUUCCAGCCAUCUCUAUGAAGAACGGUAGUUUUUCAUGGGAAUCAACGGCGGAGAAACCAACGUUAUCCAAUAUAAAUUUGGACAUUCCAAUUGGUAGCUUAGUGGCAGUUGUUGGGGGCACUGGAGAGGGAAAGACGUCCCUCAUCUCAGCAAUGCUUGGGGAGCUUCCUGCGGUUUCAGAUGCAAGUGUCCUCAUUAGAGGAACAGUUGCUUACGUACCACAAAUGUCUUGGAUUUUUAACGCAACAGUGCGUGAAAACAUACUUUUUGGCUCCCGAUUUGAACCUUCAAGAUAUGGAAGGGCAAUCAAUGUGACUGCAUUACAACAUGACCUUGAAUUGCUUUCUGGCGGUGAUCUUACUGAAAUCGGUGAAAGGGGAGUCAACAUCAGUGGAGGGCAGAAGCAAAGAGUAUCCAUGGCUAGAGCAGUUUAUUCUAAUUCUGAUGUUUACAUAUUUGAUGAUCCUUUAAGUGCACUCGAUGCUGAUGUGGGUCGUCAGGUUUUUGAGAAAUGCAUCAGGGGAGAAUUAAGAGGCAGGACCAGAGUUCUAGUUACAAACCAGCUGCACUUUCUUUCACAAGUAGACAGCAUUUUAGUGGUGCACAAUGGUACAGUUGAAGAGCAAGGUACCUUUGAAUAUCUGUCAAACAACGGAAAAAUAUUUCAGAAACUGAUGGAAAAUGCGGGGAAAAUGGAGGAAUAUGAAGAAGAAAAGGAAAAUGUUGAAAAGGUUGAUGACAAAAUCUCUAAGCCUGCUGUCAAUUGUGAGGCGUUUGGGUCAUCUGAAAAUGCUGGUGAAACAGAUAAAAAGAAGGAAGGGAAAUCUGUUCUUAUUAAACAGGAAGAGCGUGAAACAGGUGUCGUGAGCUGGAAUGUUCUGACAAGGUACAAGAAUGCUUUGGGAGGUGCCUGGGCAGUAAUUUUAUUAUUAGUGUGCUAUGUGUUAACAGAAGUUUUUAGGAUUGCAAGCAGUUUGUGGUUAAGUUUUUGGACAGAUGAAAGCAAUUCAACCAAAUACAGUUCUGGAUUCUACAACCUGAUAUAUUCACUUCUGUCAUUUGCUCAAGUUUUGGCAACGCUCAUCAAUUCCUUUUGGUUGAUCACAACAAGCCUUUCUGCUGCCAAAAGGUUACAUGACGCUAUGUUGAAGUCCAUUUUGAGAUCUCCAAUGGUCUUCUUUCAUACAAACCCACUUGGAAGGAUUAUCAAUAGGUUUGCUAAGGACCUUGGUGACAUAGACCGCAAUGUUGCACCAUUUGCCAAUAUGUUUAUGGGCCAAAUUUCUCAACUCAUUUCAACAUUUGUGCUGAUUGGGUUGGUUAGCACAAUGUCUUUAUGGGUCAUACUGCCACUUCUGAUUAUGUUUUAUGACGCCUACUUGUAUUAUCAGAGCACUGCGCGUGAAGUGAAGCGUCUGGAUUCAAUCUCCAGAUCUCCUGUGUAUGCACAAUUUGGUGAAGCUCUCAAUGGUCUCCCAACGAUUCGUGCAUAUAAAGCUUACGACCGGAUGGCCACCAUUAACGGAAACGCUAUGGACAAUAACGUUAGAUACACUCUUGUGAAUAUGGGUGGAAACCGUUGGCUUGCUAUCCGUCUUGAAACUCUAGGAGGCAUUAUGAUUUGGCUCACUGCAACAUUUGCUGUGAUGCAGAAUGGAAGGGCAGAAAACCAGGAGGCUUUUGCCUCUACUAUGGGUUUACUUCUAAGUUAUGCCUUAAAUAUCACAUCCUUAUUAACAGCUGUACUGAGACUGGCAAGUCUGGCCGAAAAUAGUUUGAAUGCUGUGGAGCGAGUUGGGACAUACAUUGAUUUGCCUUCUGAAGGCCCCACCGUUAUUGAAAAUAAUCGUCCUCCUCCUGCAUGGCCUUCAGCAGGAUCUGUUAAUUUCGAAAGUGUUGUGUUACGUUACAGGGCAGAGCUACCUCCUGUUUUGCAUGGUAUAUCAUUUAAGAUCCGUCCCAGUGACAAGGUUGGAGUGGUUGGGAGAACAGGAGCUGGAAAAUCUAGCAUGUUUAAUGCUUUAUUCCGACUCGUGGAACUGGAAAGUGGAAAGAUUAUGAUAGAUGAUUAUGAUGUUUCAAAGUUUGGAUUAACAGACCUCCGGAAAGUUCUCGGAAUCAUACCUCAAUCACCUGUUCUUUUCUCAGGAACUGUGAGAUUCAAUCUUGAUCCAUUCAAUGAACACAAUGAUGCUGAUCUAUGGGAAGCUUUAGAAAGGGCACAUCUUAAAGAAGUCAUCAGAAGGAGUUCUUUAGGUCUAGACACUGAGGUAUCAGAGGCUGGGGAAAAUUUUAGUGUAGGACAGAGGCAACUAUUAAGUCUUGCUCGAGCAUUGCUUCGCCGAUCAAAGAUUCUUGUUUUGGAUGAAGCCACUGCUGCUGUUGAUGUCAGAACUGAUGCCCUUAUCCAGAAAACUAUAAGAGAAGAAUUCAAGUCAUGCACCAUGCUUAUUAUCGCUCAUCGUUUGAACACAAUCAUUGAUUGUGACCGAAUUAUUCUGCUCGAUUCUGGCAAGGUCCUAGAAUAUGAUGCACCAGAGGCACUGCUACUGAAUGAAGAAAGCGCAUUUCACAGGAUGGUUCAGAGUACAGGCGCAGCUAAUGCAGAGUAUUUGCGAAGCUUAGUACUUGGGGUAGGAGAGAUCAAGCCGGAAGUUGAUAAGCAGCUAGAUGGGGUAAGGAGGGGGCUCGCCUCUUCUCGUUGGGCUGCUGCGGCACAAUAUGCACUUGGGGUUAGUCUCAGUUCAUCACAGAAUGACCUUAUCCAGCUGGAAAUUGAAGAUGACGUUCAUAUCCUCAACAAAACGAAGGACGCCGUGGUAACUUUGCAAGGUGUUUUGGAAGGGAAGCACAACAAUGAAAUUGAAGAGACGCUGGAUCGCUACCAGGUCUCCAAAGAUAGAUGGUGGUUUGCCUUAUACAGAGUGGUUGAAGGUCUUGCAGCAAUGAGUAGGCUGGCUCCAAACAGGCUUCAACAUUGCGAAUUCGAGUUCGAAGGGAAAUCAAUUGAUUGGGAUCAUGCUGCAUUGUAGGAGGAGGAGCCCAGUGCCAUACAUUGUUUAUUAAUUCUUACCUCUAAUUUUCAUACCACGCAAGUUAUUUUGCCUUUCAUCGAUACGUAGAAAGCUUUUUUUUUUAUAUACCACUUCAGAAGAUGUUGAUACUAGUGUUACUAAAACCGGUCCGAACCGGUCGAACCAAGAAUCGGUGGGCGUGCCGGUUUUCAAGCUUUAAUAACAUGGGUUGAUAAUA